AUCCGUGUUUUGUCCUCCAUUCCUGGGUUCCAGCCUCCAUCUGUGUUUUGUCCUCCAUCCUUGGGUUCUAGCCUCCAUCCGUAUUCAUCUUCAUCCCCAGAUUCCAGGAUCCAUCCCUCUGUCUUUUCCUAUCACAAGGCUCCAUCUUCCAUCUAGGUUUUGGCCUUCGUGUUUCUUCUCUCAUUCUGGCAUGUGGAGGACUCUGACCUCCAUAUUCUGUCCCUCAUCCCAUUAUGGCACCCAAGGAUUCCAUGUCCCUUCUCCAGACCUGACGCCCGCCUCCCUCUGUUCUCAUGCCUGUUACGGUGCCUGUUCCGGUCUUUCUGUCCUCGUCUCUCUUCCAGCGGACAGGGUGGCUCAAUGAGUAGGGCUGUGGCUGGUUUGUGGGGAGCUCUGGGUUCUCGUUCUGUUUUGUGCACUGGGCCAUCUCUGGCAGGUCGCUCCUCUGGCCUGCCAUGGGGUGGCACGAAUGGGAUUCCUGUCAUCCCAGGCUCUCCUCCUCUGUGAGUGUCUCCUCAGCUUCUCUCUCUCUUCCCUGUCUCCUCAUUCCUCCCAGUCCCCACCUCCUUCCAUCCCCUAACUCUUCACCUCCCACCCCGCGUUCCCCAUCCCUUCUCUCCUAGGCGGUACGUGAGGGCCUCGUGAUGCCGGUGGUGAAGACUGAGGGGGCUGAGGAUUUCACUGGAGCCACAGUGAUUGAGCCCCUGAAAGGGUACUACGAUGUCCCCAUCGCGACCCUGGACUUCUCCUCCCUGUACCCGUCCAUCAUGAUGGCCCACAACCUGUGCUACACAACGCUGCUGAGGCCAGGGGCUGCCCAGAAGCUGGGCCUGACCUCUGACGAGUUCAUAAAGACCCCGACGGGGAAUGAGUUUGUGAAGGCGUCUGUGAGGAAGGGGCUUCUGCCUCAGAUCUUGGAGAACCUGCUCAGUGCCCGGAAGAGGGCCAAGGCAGAGCUGGCCAGAGAAACCGAUCCCCUGCGGCGGCAGGUCUUGGACGGACGUCAGUUGGCGCUGAAGAUCAGCGCCAACUCUGUCUACGGCUUCACCGGAGCCCAGGUUGGGAAGCUGCCCUGUGUGGAGAUCUCUCAGAGCGUCACUGGCUUUGGGCGACAGAUGAUCGAGAAGACCAAACAGCUGGUGGAGUCCAAGUACACCGUGGAGAAUGGGUACAGCGCCGAUGCCAAGGUGGUGUACGGAGACACAGACUCAGUGAUGUGCCGCUUCGGGGUCCCCUCGGUGGCGGAGGCCAUGGCGCUGGGCCGAGAGGCCGCAGACUGGGUGUCCAGCCACUUCAUCUCGCCCAUCCGGCUGGAGUUCGAGAAGGUCUAUUUCCCAUACCUGCUCAUCAGCAAGAAGCGCUACGCGGGCCUGCUCUUCUCCUCGCGCUCCGACUCUCACGACAAGAUGGAUUGUAAAGGGCUGGAAGCCGUCCGCCGCGACAACUGCCCUCUGGUGGCCAACCUGGUCACGUCUUCGCUGCGGCGCCUGCUCAUUGACAGGGACCCCUCUGGCGCGGUGGCCCACGCCCAGGACGUCAUCUCGGACCUCCUCUGCAACCGGAUCGACAUCUCGCAGCUGGUCAUCACCAAGGAGCUGACCAGGGCCGCCGCUGACUACGCGGGGAGGCAGGCCCACGUCGAACUGGCCGAGAGGAUGAGGAAACGGGACCCCGGCAGUGCCCCCAGCCUGGGGGACCGAGUGCCCUACGUCAUCAUCAGCGCCGCCAAGGGCGUUGCGGCCUACAUGAAGUCAGAGGACCCCCUGUUUGUGCUGGAGCACAGCCUGCCCAUUGACACGCAGUACUACCUGGAGCAGCAGCUGGCGAAACCCCUGCUGAGGAUCUUUGAGCCCAUCCUGGGCGAGGGCCGGGCUGAGGCCGUGCUGCUGCGUAAGGGCCCAGCCGGGAUGAGGGGGCCUGGGGGAGGGAGGGGAGCCCGGGCCAG